CCUCCCCCUGUCAAGUCUCCACCUCGUUCUUUCGAUGCCAGUCACGCUGGGACUUUCGCUCCUCAGGCUGUCAUUCUGACUGCUUGUUUAUCGCAACAACAGCCAAAGCUGAUGUGACACAACCUCGGAUGAAUGUUCUGUGAACAGCUGCUGACCUCUCGCUCCUCUAGCUUUUCCUUGACCUUCUCUGCUGCACCUCUCAUGUCACUGGCUGCGUUGGUACAGGCGAAUCCAUCAUGGAGGAAGCGCGUCGAAUGGAUCUGACCUACAUCACAGAACGCAUCAUCACCAUUUCCUGUGGCCCUGAAUGCACAGAGCAGACAUACCUGCAGAACCUGCAGGAGCUGGUUGUCAUGCUGAGGUCCAAACACGGACACAACUACAUGCUCAUCAAUGUCUCAGAGAAGAAUGAGGCUGUCACACAAAUGAACCACAGGGUCCUGGACACAGGCUGGGUGCGUCUCUUAGCCCCGAACCUGGAUCAGAUCCUGAACGUGUGCACAGCGAUGGAGACUUGGCUGCAAACGGACCUGAAGCAUGUGCUGGUGCUACACUGCAGGGGAGCUAAAGGCAGACUGGGAGUGCUGGUGGCCUCCUACAUCCACUUCACCAACAUGUCAGCCAGUGCAGGUCUUUCUCUCGACCACUUCGCCAUGAGGAGGUUCUACAACGAUAAACUCUCUGCUGCCAUGACCCCCUCACAGAAACGGUAUGCAUGGAUGCUGGGCAGCGUGUUGAAGGGAGGACUGAGGAUGAGUUCCUCCCCAGCUUUCCUCCUCUGUGUUGUUCUUCACCGUCUCCCCAAAACGAGACCAGAAGGAGGGUGCUGUCUCUUUCUCAGAGUGUACCAGAGUCUACAAGCAGUCUGCACGUCAGCAGUCUACCACGUUACUGCAGCGCAGACGGACCGGCUCUACGUGGUGCUGCAGCCAGCUCAGCUGCUGAAGGGCGACAUCAUGAUGGUUUGUUACGAUAAGAACAGCCGCUCAUCCAGCCGUCAGGCCGUCUUCCGCCUUCAGUUUCAUACGGGCCUCGUGCACGGACACACCCUGACUUUCUCCAAGACGGACCUCGACUGUGCCAGCGACGAUCCUCGGUUCCCAGAAGAUGGAAAAGUGGAGCUGCUGCUUUCUGAGAGUCCAGAAAAGAUUAAAGGCAGAGAGCUGUGGCUCAACGGCCCCUCGGUGACGGUGGACUAUGACACACUGGAGCCUUUGGUCCGACGGGACUCCUAUCAAGGAGCGUCUGCUUGUCAAGCAGCUGAACCUCACCUCCUGGACCCCCGAACAGGGGGCCUGUAUGCCGCAGUGAGGAAGAGGAGGAAGAGGAGCAGUGAGGACGGAGCCCUUCUCCCCCUCACGAGCAGCAGCCCCAGCUUCAGUGAGCGAGCUCCGUCCGCCAGCAGCGACUCCGGCCUUUCCGUUGCCUCGCAGACGCUGACUGGAGCCAGGCAGCCGUCAGGGGCCGCGCGGGACCACGACCAGGCGGCAACGCCGCUCCCUGAGGCCGACUUUGGGAUGGCUCAGCCCCUGCUGGAGGUCAUGGCUGAGCUCGCUGCAUGCAGUGGAGGGAAGCUGGAGGCAGCUGGGGACGAGUCCGGACUGGGGCGCACUUUCAAUGGAGAGGCGUCCUCCAGUGAGAGGGAGACGGACAUACUGGACGAUGAGGAUGAAGUGGAUGACGUGGUCGCUUCAGCGCCAGUCAGGCCCAGUUCCAGCAGCAUUGGGUCCUUGUCUUCUGGGAGUCUGCCUGAAACACAGAGAUCAGUCCACGUGGAGUAUUCAACGCAGUCGUGGGUGCGGCAGCAGCAGAACUGCACCACAGUGGAUGUGGAGGAGAGGUCACAGGGGCUGGGGAAGGACAGGCCGCCCCCUGUGGUGGCUCCACACACUCCACCACGGGGCCUCAGCAGCAGGGCAGCAGUGCAGAGAGGACUGGCUGACGAGGAUGGGGCGCACUCGGCCACACGAAACCCCGCGCACGCGCCAUCGGGCCAAGAAGAUGAGCUGGCGUCAUUAACCACUGACGUUGAUGAGUCCAUAGAGCAGCUGAACCAGCUGAUUUUGGAUCUGGACCCAACCUUUGUUCCUGUUCCUACCCACUGCACGCCGCUGUCCAGGUCGGCCUCCCUCCGUGCAAACGGCCUCAGCCACAAGGGGAGCACGCACCUGUCAGGGUGGAAGCAGCAGAAACAGGUCAGUGACGUCACAAACUACGCUGGACUCCACAGGUCAGGAUGGAGAGAGGGUGAAACCCAAACCAGCUUCAGAGGGUCCCCGGUCAACACUCCUUCCUACUCGUCCUCUCAGCAUGGACAUCUGUACAAAUCCAACAUUGUGGACUAUCGGGCACAAGCGGAGAUCAUUCCACGAACCCCGGCCUUCCCAGUGUCCCCACGGACGCCCUACGUGAAACAUUUCUCAGACUUUUCCCAGCUCACGACUGGCAGUCAGUGGGACCAACACAGCUGGACUCAAGACUCCAGGACGUUCCUGGACAGUUUGAACCACGCCGGCGGCUCCACAGAGGGAGAGCUGUUCAGAUCAGAGGUGUCGGCCACGCCCACUUCCUGCCAGAGGGGCUUUGGCUCCAUGCGCUCGGUGUCGUCGGGAAGCCCCCUCCCACACGUUGACAGCUCCACUCCUCCUCCCGUGUGGCUCGACCGGACUCCGACCUCCCUGAACUCCCCGUUCCCCCCUCAGCCCUCGCCCCCCCUCUGCCUCCACAGUCCCAACGCCCACAGCUCUCCCCGUGGGGCCCUGAGAGGAGAGCUGGGCGUCCACAGGGAGGCUGACGGCACAGACUUCACCUCGUUACUGUUGGGGAACGGCGGGCUGGACCACAGCCUGCUGGAGGCCAUGGAGGGACUGGGGGGCCUGAGCUUGGGGGGCGAUGGGGGCCUCCCUCCGCUGCUGCCUGAGAAGAGAAGAGGGGGCGAUCUCCUGGAGUCCCGCUCCCCCUCUUUAAGCGGGUUCUCCAGCCCUCACAGCGGCAGCAGCCUAAGUAUCCCUUUGUCAUCCCCCAGGACCCCUGACCCCCUCAGAGGCCUCAGUGGGGCCCCGUCACCAGGAGCAGACUUUGGCACUCGGCACGACACUGUGAAGUUUGUUCAGGACACUUCCAAGUUCUGGUACAAGCCCGACAUCUCCAGAGACCAAGCCAUCGCCGUGCUGAAGGACAAAGAGCCGGGCUCCUUCAUCGUCAGGGACAGCCAUUCGUUCCGGGGGGCGUACGGUUUAGCCAUGAAGGUGGCGACGCCUCCUCCGUCCGUGAUACAGCAGAGUAAGAAAGGAGGAGACAUGUCCAACGAGCUGGUGAGACACUUCCUGAUCGAGUGCACACAGAAGGGGGUUCGUCUGAAAGGCUGUCCCAACGAGCCGUACUUUGGAAGCCUCACGGCGCUGGUGUGUCAGCACUCCAUCACUCCUCUGGCUCUGCCCUGUAAACUCAUCCUGCCUGAUCGAGACCCUGUGGAGGAGCUCAUCGACCCAUCUACACCAUCAGCCACAAAUUCAGCAGCUGAACUCCUCAAACAGGGAGCAGCCUGUAACGUGUGGUACCUGGGCUCUGUGGAGCUGGAAUCGCUGACCGGGCACCAGGCGGUCCAGAAGGCGACCACGGUCACGCUCUCCAUGGAUCCUCCGCCGCCUUCCACCGUCGUCCACUUCAAAGUGUCGGCGCAGGGAAUCACGCUCACCGACAACCAGAGGAAGUUGUUCUUCAGGAGACACUACGUCGUCAGCACCGUCAUCUUCUGCUCUCUGGACCCACAGGGCAGGAAAUGGACGAGAGGCAGUGGCUCCACUGCAAAGAUCUUCGGGUUUGUGGCCAGGAAAUCUCAGAGUGAGAUUGAAAACAUGUGCCAUCUGUUUGCUGAACACGACCCCGAGCAGCCUGCGAGCGCCAUCGUUAACUUUGUGUCGAAGGUCAUGAUUGGCUCCAACAAAAAGUGAAGAGACUGGAACGUAGAGAGCGUCUCACUCCAACACUGUGUAAAUGUGACAGUGGACCUAAAAACUUGCUAGUUGACUCCAAAAAGCUCCAAACUGGAUCCACCCAGCACCAGCGCCGGUUGGUUGGACCUACAGAGGAACCAGCACGUUUGCACUGACUGUACUGCAGAGCGCUGUCACCAGGGGGCGCCACAGCUUCACAACAACUGAUGAAUAACAAAGUUCCUUCUGAUAGAACCUGCAUCGAACCAUAUAAUCUGUACAUAAAGAAUGUGUAAUUAAUGCUAUAAACCAGUGUAUCCGUUCACGUAUGCAGCAGGUUUCAGCAUCACUGCAACAUGAGAAUAACAUAAUGACCACAAACUUAACUUGGAUGAUUUACUGUGUUUACUGUAUAUUAUUUAUCCAUUUUUGCAUUUUGUCCUCGUAUGCCUAAAUAUUUGUCAUAUAUUUUUGUAUUUUAACACAAACUGUACAUUGAAAUCAAAGUCAGCUUUCCUCAGAAUAUAUAAAGUUAAGUCGAGAAUAUUUUGUGAGAACAUGAUGUAGUAUUUUAUAUAACAGUAAAUAGGAGCAUAACCUGCCCAUGUGUUAUAUUACUAAUAGUUGUUAAUAUGUUUGUUGGCCUUUUGUUCAUGUGCUCACUCUGCAGUACAAUAAAGUCGCUUUAUUCUGUUA